CCACGCCGAUACCACAGAUCAGAUGUUAAUAAAAUAUUUUCCAGUGCAAUGAUUGUGAGAAAGUGGGAAACCUGUCAUGAGAAUCUCCCAUCUGCUUAUGUUAUUGCUUGCUGAAUUUGUUCGGGGACGUGAAGAAGGGGCUGGACCUGUCCCCUGUUUUCCCAAAUGUGCCUUAUCUGAGGAAGGUCGACGUCUGUGUGAGACACUUUUGACAUUGAAACCAUGCGUCGAUCGCAUCAAACAACAGGGAUCGGAUGGAACAACCAUGUGUAGCUGCCAGUGGACAAACGUGUUGAGCCACCCCGGAUACAGUCACCUGCUAGAUAAUUCAGAGUGUCUCCAGUACUCUCUUAGCACGUGUGAAACCAACACACGCCAAUCCAUAGACACGACAGGAAGUGAAUACCCCAUUAGCGAGUUUCUGCCGGAAAUACAAAAGGAGAAUUCUAGGAUCGAAAAAAUAACGGACGAGUCAAAGAAACGGGACGCCAAAAUUAAGCUGUUAAAUGCCGUACAUGACAUCAUAGAACUGAUCAGACAGCUCGAAGCAAGCAAAAAAGGAAAACUUUCUGACAGUACAGGACAACCUGGAUCCACUAAUUUGAGUUUGAAUCUAGACAAGAUUUUAUCAGGAGAAUGGAGAACGCUUCCGGUAACUACCAAAAAGAGUUUGUUUACACAGCCUUCGACGAAGAUGCAUCCCCUGAAGGACGACAAGAGGUUCCACAUCGCUGCGUUUUCAGUUCUAGUUCUGUUACUCCUGGUCGUCACUGUAUUAUGUUUGGUAGCAAAGAUCAAGACUGACCGGACCGGGGUGAAUCUGGAUAUAAAGGGCGAUCUUGACCUCGACUAUCGCAGUGCGCCUCGUACGUCCUUUGGCACAUUGUUAGAAAAACUUCGUCUUCGCUCCAAGGAAAAAGCCACGGAGAAUGCGAAAAGAGGACAGUCUACCGGAAGCGCGAAGUAUCAAUCUAUGAUGACGAAGCCUCCUAUGACGGUACCAUCGAAAGGUUCUGUUGGAAGAAGAAACUCUAAUACGAGUUUGAAUAGUGUUGCGGGCCAAAGGUCCGAUAGUUGUACAAUGAUUUCUGGACUGACGCAUGGAAACACGAGUGGAAGUGACGUAGAAAUAGACAAUGAGUUCCGGAUGUUCAGAACAAAUUUCAAAAAAGAUUUCAAAUCUUUAUUGAACGUUGAUAAAGAUUAACAAGAAAGUCAUUAGAAAAAUUAUCAUAAGUCAUUUAUUUAUUUUGUUUUUUUUGAAAUUUACUAGAAUAGCAUAGCAAUAUAUAUAUGUUGUUUGACUUCAAAACUAUCUUUUUUAUCUUGCAUUAUUAAAAUUGUACAAAAUUUGUGUUUUAAGUUAAGUUUAUCUGCCGAUUCAGGAUCUGUAUGAUCCUCUACACCAGAUUCAAUUAUGUUUAAAAAAUCAAACAUGUACACCUAUAUGAAAGUUCGGCUAAAGACAUCACAUUUAUUUGAACAAAAUAUGUAAGCUCUGUAAAUAUAUUUUCACUUCUUAAUCAAUCCAGUAUUUUUCGAGUCUGUUUCUAAAUGUAUAUAUGUAGGAUCUUACACGAGUUUCCAUUUCUUAUGAGAUUUAUGAAACGAG